UCUCUAGUUUGUAGAGAUGGCAGCACUAUAGCACGACACAAAAUUGUUUCGUGAACGCACUUUAACCUACUUUUUAUUAAAGGGGAAAAAAGUCAUUUGAAAUAAGCAAAACACUCCCGGCUUUUUCGGCGAUUUGCGACGCAUAUUAAAGACGACUAAUUCACGGGUUCAAAUGAGGUGAAGGGAGGCGUCUACGGCAGCCAGAAUGUCGGACGUCAAGAUACUCGAUGGUAGUUUUUCCUCACAAUUAUCGACUCACGUGGGCGAGAGAAUCGACGGCGACCCGCUAUGGACAGCGAGAUUCCUCGCGACAAAUCCUGCAGCCGUCCAGGCCACUCACCUGGAUUAUUUACGAGCAGGUUCUGAUAUAAUAGAGACUAACACGUAUCAAGCCUCGAUCGGUGGUUUCGUUCGAUACCUAGGCCUUGGACAGGAGGAAAGUCUGCAAUUGUUUCACGAUGCGGUGAAGCUUGCCAAACGAGCAGUGCAGCAGUACAAGGAAGAGAUUGACGGUAACGACAAUAUUAUAAAUACCGAGCCAGCGAUUGCAGGUUCUUGCGGCCCAUAUGGAGCUGCCCAGCACGAUGGUUCCGACUACACCGGACUGUACGCGCCAGACGUUACAUCAGAAAUUAUGGCCACCUGGCAUAGGCCUCGCAUCGAAGCGUUAAUCAAGGCUGGAGUCGAUCUAUUGGCUAUCGAGACGAUACCCAAUAUGCAGGAAGCUAUGACGUUGGUUAACUUACUCAAGGAAUAUCCAGAUACAAAGGCCUGGCUCUCGUUCUCGUGUAGCGACGAUGGAAAGAGUCUAGCAGAUGGUAAUAGCUUCCAAGAGGUUGCUUUACAUUGCUGUCAGAGAGCUUUGCCUGGACAGUUGGUUGCUGUAGGAGUGAAUUGCCUUUCCCCUAAGACAGUUGCCCCACUGCUGAAGGGAAUCAAUGCAAGAUCGAAUAAGAGGGAGGCAAUUCCAUUAGUGGUGUAUCCAAAUAGCGGUGAGAAAUAUACCGCUUCGGAAGGUUGGAAAAUGGAACCUAAUAAUCAGCCUUUGGAAAGUUUUGUUAAGGGAUGGCUGGACCUUGGAGUUCGAUACAUCGGCAGUUGCUGCAGGACUUAUGCCACGGACAUAAUAAAAAUACGAGCAGAGGUGAAGCGUUGGCAAGCCGAGGCAAAGAACUCUGUAUAAAUUAAGGUACGUCAUGUGAGUGGAUGAGUACCAUGUAACGAAAGUUCCGAUUUCUAUCUAGGUAUAGAAAACAGAAAAGUAAACAUAUACUUUGUAAAUUGUGAACCGUACUACAUUAUUAUGAUAUACUCCACAAAUACAUCUUUUUGUUUCUAAGGGAAAUUAUGUAUCGAUACUGUGCUAAAUUUACACUUUUAUAAAACUUGUGAUAGUUAUAAACGUAAAAUAAAGCAAUUGUUCUAUUGUACGUCAGUAUGAUAA